CUGCCUGUUCGGUCGUGUUGUGAAUUGUGAUAAGACGGUAAACUACGAGUUUAGUUUUAUUUCUAAGUCGCUGUAGCAGAUGGAUGGAAUAUACAUACUGAAUUCACAGCGGAGGCCAUAGAAUCCUUUUGGACAUUCACAGAAAACUGUAAAAUUUACUGUUCGUUAUUUUGCAUUGGAAUGGCUUAUCGCACAAAUCUGAUCACCUUGUGCUUCCGCCAGUAUUCUACAUCUGCCAAAAGAUCACCAAAGGAAUUAAGAGACAAAUCUAUACGAGACCGAUUCCUAAGAGUGGAUCAUGCCGGUGAGGUGGGCGCUGACCGUAUUUAUGCGGGCCAAAUGGCAGUUCUCGGGAAAACGAACGUAGCAAACGUAAUCCAGCAUAUGUGGGAUCAAGAGAAGGAGCACAAGAAAAAAUUCGACGAACUGCUUCCUAGAUACCGCACUAGGCCCACUGUGUUGUUACCCAUAUGGAAUGUUGCCGGAUUCGUGUUAGGAGCGGGUACUGCUUUAUUGGGUCCAAAAAUGGCCAUGGCCUGCACGGUAGCUGUGGAAACAGUCAUCACGGAUCACUACAACGAUCAGAUCCGAGAACUCAUGAACAACCCAGAGGUAAACGGAGAGUUGCUGGAAAUCAUUAGCAAAUUUCGAGACGAAGAAAUGGAGCAUCACGAUACAGCCAUCUUGCAUGAAGCCGAGAAAGCCCCGCUGUAUCAGGCGGUCUCACAAAUAGUGAAAAUAGGCUGCAAAGGGGCCAUAUGGUUAUCAAACAAAAUUUAAUGUCGUGCUAUCCUAUCUUUCAAAGAGCUCGGUUCUGGCAUUUUAGCGAAUCAGUAUGUUUUAAUGUAUUGUAUAAACCGUCUAAAUAACAAAUAUAGAAUACAUUCAAACUGACCUCCUU